CUCCGAGCCGCGGCCGCUGCUCCCGGCCCCGCCGAGGCGCGGAUGGGCCCGGGCUGGGCACGGCCCCGCCGGGGAGGGAAGACUGGAAGGGGCUGGGGACUCCCUGCUGUGUCAGCUCCUUGUGGAGGACCACUCGGUCCAAGCUAGGCUGGCGAUCUCCAUUGGCUCUUCCAUGCCAUCCUGAGGAUGCUUGGAUGCUCCUGGACCAUCAUGGGAUGCAGCCUGUGCUGGCAAGGGAUGCUCGGAGGGGAAGAGAGGACGGCCGCGUAGACCUCGCCGAGCUCCCGCCUGCUCCGCCUGGACCAAGAGGACGGGCCGUGACCAGCCACGAUGAGCGCUCUGGCCCCCGCCUGAUCCCUUUCCUGCUGAUAAAAAUGAUCAACAAGUCUCGAGGGAAGAUACUCGGGGUGCUGGCGCUGUUUCUGGUGAUGGUUUGGUACUCGAUCUACCGGGAAGACAGGUACAUACAGCUCUUUUAUUUCCCUGUGCAAGAAAACAACAAGACAACGUGUCCCCUUGGGGAGGUGGAAAAGAAAGCGGCGCAGCUCAUCGGGAACUACACGAGGGACCACCCACUGUUCUUGCAGCUGAAGGAUUAUUUUUGGGUGAAGACGCCGUCGCUCUACGAGCUGCCCUACGGCACCAAGGGAAGUGAAGACGUCCUCCUGCGCUUGCUGUCCAUCACCCACUACUCCCUGCCCGAGAGCAUCCAGAGCCUGAAGUGCCGGAGGUGUGCCGUGGUGGGCAACGGCCACCGGCUCCGCAACAGCUCCAUGGGGGACACCAUCAACACCUACGAUGUCGUGAUCAGGCUGAACAACGCCCCGGUCCAUGGUUAUGAGCAGGACGUGGGCUCCAAGACCACCAUGCGCCUCUUCUACCCCGAGUCAGCCCACUUUGACCCCCAGACUGAGAACAACCCUGACACGCUGCUGGUGCUCGUGCCCUUCAAGCCCAUGGACUUCCAGUGGAUGGAGGCCAUCCUUAACGACAAGAAGAGGGUUCGGAAAGGGUUUUGGAAACAGCCCCCACUGAUCUGGGACGCCAACCCGGAGCAAGUGCGCGUCCUCAAUCCCUACUACAUGGAAGUAACUGCUGCUAAACUGCUCAACCUCCCCAUGAAGCAACCACGGAAGAUCAAACAGAAGCCCACCACAGGGCUGCUGGCCAUCACCUUGGCACUGCACUUCUGUGACCUGGUGCACAUCGCGGGCUUUGGCUACCCUGAUUCGGCCAACAAGAAGCAAACCAUCCACUACUAUGAACAGAUCACACUCAAGUCCAUGGCUGCGUCGGAACACAAUGUGUCACACGAGGCCGUGGCCAUCAAGCGGAUGCUGGAGCUGGGACUCGUCAGGAACCUCACCUACUUCUGAGGGCGGCGGGGCUGCGCAGGGACACGGUCCCCAGGGCGAGGAGACACCGUCCCCUUCGGCGAGGGGACACCAUCCCAUGCGGUGAGGGGACACCGCGCUGGCAUGGCCGGAGUGACCGAGGGCAGAGCAUCGUUGUCACCACCGCCACCACGGCCUGGGACUCUUGGAGCAGGGCUGGGGCUGGAGGGCCGCGCUGGACCGCGGGUGCCCAGGGUGGGGCUGCUCUUGGGGGGUGCAGGGAGCCCGGCGGGGCCGUGGCCCAGCGCCUUUUCUACUGACACACUGAAGCUACCGAGGACUUGGAGGGGGUUUUUGGGGUAGGGGCGACCUCCCUCCCAGCAGGACUGAGGGGGUGAGUCAGGGCAGGAGCCCUUGCCCUGGACAUUCUCUUUCCCUUAAUUCCCUCAUACACUGACGAGGGCCCUGCGGAGGGGCUGAUUUUGGGGUCCUGACCCCUCUCCCCCCAGGGAAUGGGAGCCUUUAGAGGCUAAUGUUGCCUCCUCCCUGCCCUGGACCUCCCCCCAAAUAUUUAAUUCCCUCCCUUUUUUUUUAAUUUCCUUUUUUACUUGGCGGCCCUGUCCUGUGCCUUAGUGCUGGUGUAGGGACUCGUCCCCACAGCCCCCCUGGGUGGGGGCACCCUGGGGUGCUUGGCUUCGGCGUCUGUCAGGGCCCUUUGGUGGUGCAGAUUAAUUUAAUUAAUUUAAAUGCGUAUUUAUGGUGGAGCUUUCACCCAGGGCCCGCAUGCCACUGGUGUCAGGGACAAGGGGCCUUGGGUGGGCUGGCGUGUGCUUGGCUCCAGGGGUGGGCAUUUGGGAUGUCCCCUCACCAUGGAGGGGUUGACUGGUGCCUUCUCCCUGUUGGUGUAGGGUCCCCUCUGCCCCCGUGGGGCUGCAGGUGUUGGGGGGACCCAUGGAUGGGGGUGUUGGGGCUCAUGCUGGCACCCAAUAAAGUCCUGGUGAGGCUGGGA